CCCCCGCCGGUGAGCCCCGCCGCCGCCGCCGCCGCCGCCGCCGCCAUGGGAUGUAACAUGUGUGUGGUGGAGAAGCCCGAGGAGCAGUACCGGGUCAUGCUGCAGGUGAAUGGCCGGGAGCUCUCCCGUCUCUCACAGGAACAGACCCUGGAGGCCCUGCGCUGCUCCAAGGAGCCUUUGGUCAUCCAGGUGCUCCGGCGCAGCCCCCGCAGCCGUGGUGGGGGUGGGGAGGGACCUGCCCCCCAGGGGGACCUGGCCACGCUGGUGGACAGCGGAACCCAGACAGACAUCACCUUCGAGCACCUCUUGGGGCCAGGCAGGAUGCGGCCGCCAAGCCCCCCAGCUGUGGCUCUGGAACCGUACGGCCUGCCGGAUCUCCCCUCGAUUGGCCAUGAAUAUUAUGAUCCUGUGGAAUUCAUGGAAGGAGGUCCUCCAGAGACAGAGCGAGCAGAGGAGCUGGAAUAUGAGGAGGUGGAAUUGUACAAAUCCAGUCACCGGGACAAGCUGGGCCUGAUGGUUUGUUAUCGAACUGAUGAUGAAGACGAUGUAGGCAUCUACGUUGGAGAGGUAAACCCUAACAGUAUUGCUGCCAAGGACGGUCGGAUCCGGGAAGGAGAUCGUAUCGUCCAGAUUAAUGGGGUGGAGGUGCAAAAUCGAGAGGAGGCAGUAGCAAUUCUCACCCAAGAGGAACGGACAAACAUCUCUCUGCUGCUGGCCAGACCCGAGACUGAGCUGUGCAAGCGUUGGAAGGACAGUGACCGGGAGGAUUUCCUAGAUGACUUUGGCUCCGACCACGAAGCAGGAACGAGACCCCAUCGGCUCCUUUCUCCACCAGACCAGCAGAAUGAGCCUCCCCAAGAAAAGCUUGCGGGGGAUCCUGCAACCCCCCUGACGAACAGCCAGGAGCUGGACAGUGGCGUCGGGCGCACCGAUGAAAGCACCCGCAACGAAGAGAGCUCUGAACACGACCUCCUAGGAGACGAAGCCCCCAGUGCUGCCAACACCCCGGGGAGUCUGCGGAAAUUUGGACCCAGCCUGCAGCCCCGAGACUUCCACUACAGCAUGGACUCGCUGCUGGCAGGGGAGCUGCCAAGCGCUGUGGGCACCGACAUGAUGCCAGGGCUUACUGAUGAAGAGUAUGAGCGCUACCGUGAGCUGCUUGAGCUUAAAUGCCACCUGGAGAAUGGCAACGAACCGGGCUUGGUGAGUGCAGCGCUGGAUGUCAACCGCAAUGAGGUGGCGCUGCUGGAGGAGGAACUCCGCCACCUGGAGUUCAAGUGCCGCAACAUUCUGCGAGCACAAAAGAUGCAACAGCUGCGGGAGCGUUGCAUGAAGGCGUGGCUGCUUGAGGAAGAAGGACUCUACGCCCUGGAAGGAGAACCGAAGAAACACGAGUUGUCUGACAUCACAGAGCUGCCAGAACGCUCAGACAAAGACAGCACCAGUGCCUACAACACUGGGGAGAGUUGUCGCAGCACCCCUUUGUUGGAAAGCCCUUUGCGCCGCUUGGCUGAGCCCCCCAACCUUAACCGGACUGCCCCACCUUCACCCCCACAGCCCAAAUUCCGACGGGAGGAGCGGGUGCGGCGCAGCCCCAAAGCGGGUGGAGAAGGGAGCCCCUAUUUGAGCCGGCGACAGCGGGAAGAGCCACCUGCUCCCAUCAGCCCUAUGAGCCUGGCUAGCAUAUGCAAAGACUCUCUAGGGGGCAAGGGAGAGCCCCGCAUGGAAUGGAAAGUGAAGGUCCGCAGCGAUGGCACACGUUACGUAGCCAAGAGGCCUGUGAGGGACCGGCUGCUUAAAGCCAGAGCCAUGAAGAUCCGCGAAGAACGCAGCGGCAUGACCACAGAUGAUGAUGCUGUUAGUGAGAUGAAGAUGGGACGUUACUGGAGCAAGGAAGAGCGUAAGCAACACCUGAUCCGUGCCCGUGAGCAACGAAAGCGCCGUGAGUUUAUGAUGCAGAGCCGGCUGGAGUGCUUGAGGGAACGGGAAGGCAGUGAGGCCCGUGGGCCAUCUGGAGAGGUCAACAUCUUGGCCCUGAGCCACCGCAAAACCAUGAAGAAACGGAGUCGUCGUAUCUUGGAUAACUGGAUUACCAUCCAGGAGAUGCUAGCACACGGCACUCGUUCUGCAGACGGGCGCAGGGUUUACAACCCGCUCCUGUCUGUCACCACUGUUUGAGCCCGUUGAGAUGAACAGCAGAGGAUGCGGCUGUGUUGCUUUUCCCUCCAGGUGUGCUGGAAAGCCAGCCUCCUUUUCUGUUCCUGGGAAAUCUGCUCUUUGAAUGCACCAGGGAAGCAUUUAACAUUGCCCUCUGACCGCCUUGUGGCUCAGAAGGGCCCGAUACUCUGAACCAAAUUUAGAUUGGGACCGCAAGCCCAGCAUCCCUUCCUGCCUUAAGAACCAGGGGCAAGAGGGAGCACUCCAGAACCUGCACCCGUCAAGACCUCGCUAUGGAGAGACCCAUUUUCCUGCUGUGUUGUAGGGAGGUGCAGGGCAGCUCUGUCACCCCUCUCCUAGGGAAAGGUCCUUGCAGCUUAGCCCCUGCCAAUCAUACUCUGAUGAAGCACAAGGAAUCAACUGUGGUUAACACAGAGCGUGCAGAGCACAUGGGAAGCGAGGGGGCUCCCCUGCCCUAUACAUUGACAGCACCAAUGAAGACCCCUCCCCCAGUCUGGGAUGUGGCGACGUCUUUGUCUCUUCCUCUCUCUCUUCCUCUUCUCUUUUGUGAUUGUGGCUCUCAAUUUCUUUUUCAUUUCAUUUCUCUAUUUAAACUUGGAGCCUUGGGCCCUGGCGGCUCAUCCCACAAGCGACUACGAGUCCCCUUCCUGCCUUUUCCGCCAUCUGAUUGCCCCUUCCAUCCCAGGAACACUAGCUUAACACUGGGAGGCUGUGGAGCAGAUAACUUGUGGUAAACCCAGCACC